AUGUGGGAACCAGUGAAACUACCAUUUCAGAACACAUGGCCUCUACCAGCUCUACCUACAACAGAUGAAAUACGCGCUUGCACCAAUCUUCUCUGGGACUCCCCAGCCUCCAAGGUUGUGGCAGUAAACGAUGAUAUUGUCGUGAAAUACGGUGGCCGUGUCUCUGCCCCAGAAGGUCAGGCCUUGGUAUACCUCGAACGGCACGUCCCGGAUGUCCCAGCCCCUCGACUUUACGCGAUGUAUCAUGACUCCGACCAACUUUUCUUAAUCAUGCAACGUAUUCCUGGCGUGCCGCUGAGCUCGAUUUGGUCAUCACUGGCACAGUCUGAGAAGGAUGAUAUCAUUACAAAACUGCAGCUGGUGUUCGACGCAAUGCGGAAGGCCGAGUGCCCCUGGCCUGACUUGUACGGAAGCCUAGAAGGGGGCGGCUUAUCCCACUACCUAUUCUAUGAUCAAUCCGGCACCAGGAAAUUCUUAGGGCCUUAUGUUGGGGAACCCGCUUUUGUUGCCGGUCUUGUUGGUAACUAUAGGACCUUGGUUGAUCGGAAUAAUCACCCAGACUACAAGUGUCGGCUUUUCGAAAAAUACAUCGGACAGGUUCUACAAGGUCACCGACCGACCUUAACGCAUGGAGACGCUCAGCAGAAGAAUAUUAUGGUCGUGGAGGACACGAGUCGCUCUAAUGAUAAUGGUGAGCGAUCAUUUGACGUCGUACUAGUCGAUUGGGAGGCAUCCGGUUGGUUUCCGGACUUCUGGGAAUUCUUUUGUGCAGCCCAUCCUUUUAUCUUUGAUUGGGACGAGGAUUGGUCCUGGCGAGUUCAAGAUUUCCUCCAAGUCUGGCCGGCAGAGUAUGCCACCAUGCAACUGAUUCAAAAGGAGAUGUUGUGA